AUGGAGCCCGGCGGGGAACGCGAGCGGCGGCGGCGGGACCUCCCCGAACUCAGGCACCAGGCGGCCGAGUAUUAUCGGAGCAACGAGGUCCCGCAACGGCUGGAGGAGGCGCUCAACGCCACGUUCUACCUGCGUCCUGCGGACCUCUACGGCCAUCUGGCUAACUACUUCUCUACAUUUUCAAAACCUCCAGUAAUAUGCAAAUUAAUUGGAAGGAAGGUCCUUGAUGGAGUUGGUCGACCAACAUUAGAAGUGGAAAUAUUUUGCACAGUUAAAAACCAUGAGAAGAGCAUUUGUUCCAUUGUGGUCUCUUCUCACUCUGAAAUCCUUGAAAAUGCUUCACCUGAAGCAAUUGAUGCUGAUGAGAAAGAAAGAAAUGACUCUAUUAAUAGAGCCCUGGAAUGGAUAAAUGGAUCUCUGAAUGAAAUGCUCAGAGACCUGCAACCUGCUGACCAGUGUAAAGUUGAUGAGCUGCUUGGUGAAUACUUUGCAAAGAAGGUAGAAGAAGAAAAAGAAAGAAAGGCAAUUGAAAAGGAAGAACAAGAAGCAGCAAUUUCUGCACCUGCAUAUGUUCCAGCUGUAUCAGCUGUAACACCAUCUGGCAAAAAAAAAGGAGUCAAAUUAGGGAAGAAGAGUUCUGUUGCAGAGAAACCAAUCUCACCUGCAGAACCUAUUGAACUAGUGCUCUGUGGCAGCAUAGCCAUUGGAGGAUUAUCACUUGCUGUUGCUAAAACUGGUGCCACCAUUAACAACACACCUUUGUACUUACAUCUUGCAUUGAUGAAACAUGAUCAGCUUUCUCAAUUUCAGGAUUUGCCUAAGGAGUUGACUGUGCCACCACCAAUGGUCACUCUGUUGAGCUGUGGAAAAUCAUCAUCUGGAAAACUGAAGUUAAUGAAAGAAGUGAUGCUCAUACCACCCACAGAGUUAACAGUAAAACAAGGUAUUGAAAGGCUUCUGGAGAUUCAGAAACAAAUGAUGAGAUUGCUGGAUCCUGUAGGCAAAGGGCCAUCAGUUUUAAAGAGAAUAUCCCAUUUGGGGUGCUUAAUAACAGGGUGCGAUAGUCUAGAACAACCUCUGAUCUUACUGCAAACAGCUUGCAGGAAUCUAGGUCUGGAACUAGGAAUAGAUGUACAUUUAGCAAUAAACUGUGCUGCUCAUGAAUUGAUGGACUAUACCAAAGGAAAAUAUGAAGUACUGACUGGAACACUCAAGAGUCCUGAUGAAAUGGUGGAUAUGUAUGUGGACCUAAUUAAUAAAUACCCCUCUAUUAUUGCAUUAAUAGAUCCCCUGAGGAAAGAGGAUGGCCAGCAAUGGAGCAAUAUAUGUAAUACUGUUGGUUCCAGAUGUUAUUUGAUUGCAGAAGAUGCAGCCAAAAGUAUUUCUAAACUUGUGGAGGAUCAAAAUAUAAACGUACCAAAAUGCAGUGGUCUUAUAAUAAAAUAUACAAAUCAAACCAAGAUAUCUGACCUCACAGAACUUACCCGACUUCUAGAUGGUCAAAGACAUAUUGCCAUAUUAGGAAGUCCAGCUGGAGAAUCUUCUGAUGAUAGCCUUGUAGAUCUGGCUGUUGGCCUGGGUGCCAGGUUUAUCAAGUUGGGAGGUCUUUCCCGUGGAGAAAGGGUGACCAAAUACAACCGCCUUCUUGCUAUAGAGGAAGAACUGGCCAAGAAUGGAACACUGCGUUCAGGAGAAAACCAUGAAUUUGUUGAUUUUGCUGAAGAGGCACAAACAGCAGAAGAACUUCUCGAUGCACUCCCUCCCACAGAGCAGGACCCAUGGCCUUCACAGCAUUCUCAGCCUCUGCUGGCCCAGGACCAAAAUCCUGUUUCCUUACAUGGGAGUACACUGCAUCUCAACGAGGCUACCAAGAUGGACCCAUCCAUAUUUCCUUAAUGACUGUUGGCACUAAGGUGAUAUCAAAGGUCUAGUCCAUCAAGGUGCUGAGCGUCCUCAGCUCUCAUUAAAGUUAAUAGGAGUUGAAGGUGCUCAGCACCACAUAGGAUUGGAUCCUAAAUUUGGAGUUUUCGGUUCUGAUGAUGCCAUUAGAUCUGUGAAGAGGGAAUCAUGUGCUUGUAUGGAACCAUAGUUAAGUUUCCACAUGGUUGCAAGGGUUUCCCCGUCGUGCAGAUGCAAUAAGGCGAGAGCUCUAGUGAAUUCUCUGUGAAUCAAACUUGAUUUGUUUGAUUGCCAUUAAUUCUACCCUGUUACAUCUAACUUACAAUAAACUAUUUUUAAAUGCCUGAAGUUCAGUGAUUACCGGUACUUUGUUGUCAUUCAAACUCAUCCUAUUUUGAUAGUUUUUGUACCUGCGGAUGUUUUAUUAGUCUCUAAUUCUGAUGUAUCUGCUCCACC